AAUUAUUGUAAACAAAUUAUUUUGAAACGCAUAUUUAUCACAGAAGAAAAAUUUAGUAAUUAAGUUUAAAAGAACCUAAAGAACAAUGAAUAUCCUUCCCAAGAAAAGAUGGCACGUUCGAACAAAGGACAACAUUGCCCGAGUGAGGCGUGAUGAAGCUGCAGCAAAAGAAGAGGAACAGAAACGGCAAGAAAAAUUAAUAUUAGCGGAAAGUGAAGCAAGAAUAAACUUUUUGAGAAAAAAAUCUGGUUCAACUACCACUGAAGGAUUUACAACAGAGAAUAAACCUUCCACACCUAGUGGAAGUAAUAUUGUUAAUCAACAUGUUGAUUUAUUUUCGGAUUAUAAAUCUCACAUUAAAAAGACAAACAAGGCAUUAGAAGAUGAAAAGAAGCAAGAACAAGAGAAAUAUGAAAAGCAAAUAGGGUACUUGACAUACUUGGGCCAGGAUACUAAUGAAGCCUUGAAAUUACGAAGCUGGUAUGAAAUAGCACCAAAACGAACAGAGGUCGGUGAUAGUGACAUAAUUGAAAAAGAUGUGAAAAAUAAACAGUCACAGGAUCCUCUGACGCUGAUUAAUGCUUUACUCCCUAAAGUUGAGCAAAAGAAAGUAGUUACAGACUUCAAACAACGUUCUCGUGAAGAUACUUCUCCUCCAUCAAAGAAUAUAAAAAAGCUUGAAAGCAUAACUGAGAAAUAUACAUAUACAAAGCACAAGAAGUCCAAGAAACACAAAAAACAUAAACAUAAGAAAGAAAAGCUUAAGGAUAGAAAACGUUCUAAAUAUGAAGACAACGAAGGUGACAUGGAAGAAAUACAACGUAUAAAACGUGAAAAAUUGGAAAAAAUGCGAAAGGAACGGCUAAUACGAGAGGCUAAUGAAAGAGCACGACAAGAGGCAUUAUUAGCACCGAUAAAACCGGUACAGGAAUUUGAUAAUACUAAUAGUAUGCCUCAUCAACGAAUAGUGCAAAAGUAUAACAGCCAGUUCAACCCAGAAAUAGCAAAACAAAAUAUGAUUUAAAGA